AAGUUAAAUAAUUGUGGCGAAUGUUAUAAAUAACACUGUGGACUAGACAUUACAGUACAGUUAAACACGUAUAGCGAAGCAAAACCGAUCUAAUGGAAUAAAUAACCGGAAUCUCUAGAAUACAACAAAUUUGAAAAAAGUUUACGAGAAAUAUUUAAAAAAGUUUCAAAAACUACAAUUUGAAAAUUUCAAGAAAACUUUAAGAGUAAAAGAGCCGUAGCAUGGAUUCAAACGCUUGUAGGUUGAAGCAGCCUUCUGAACAUUAUAAGCCUUAUAGAAGAGCACGUACGGAUAUAAAGAACAAAAAAGCUUUGAAAGAAGAUAAAAAAUUAUGUAAUUUGGUGAAGCAGCAUCCGCAGCUGUACGACAAAGAACACAAGGGUUAUGGUCAGAAAAAGACUACAGAUGAGGCAUGGCACACGAUUGCGGAAUCGUUGGGGAAGUCAGUGCCUGAAUGCAAGGAACGCUGGCGAAAUAUACGCGCCGCCUACGCACGCUCCAUUGACGCCUACAAAACAAAGCGUGGAAAGAACCGUGGUAGGCAGUACUAUUUAGCAAAGGAGAUGGAAUUUUUAAAAUCUAACUUACCAAAAGAAGUUACACAAAAUAAUAGACAAAAUAAUAGGAUUAAUAACUCAGAAGCUAGCGCAAACAAAAACAACGAAACUUAUUCAUUAGCGAUGUGUCUAAUUGACAAUAUGGACGAACAAAGAUUACGAGAUUUGGAGCUAAUCAUUGAGCAUAAACUUAGACAAAUUGUUGCUACAAAAACUAAUCAUGACAACGAAUUGUCUGCGCCCAUGCAACAGCUACCAGUGCAGGCAUUCAAGGAGGAACCAGAAUUAUCGCUAAGCCGUAGCAUGGAUUCAAACACUUGUAGGAUGAAGCAGCUUUCUAAACAUUAUAAGCCUUAUGGAAGAGCACGUACGGAUAUAAAGAACAAAAAGACUUUAAAAGAAGAUAAAAAGUUAUGUAAUUUGGUGGAGCAGCAUCCGCAGCUGUACGACGAAGGACACAAGGGUUACGGUCAGAAAAAGGCUACAGAUGAGGCAUGGCGCACGAUUGCGGACUUGUUGGGGAAGUCAGUGUCUCAAUGCAAGGCUCGUUGGGAAAAACUGCGUGCUGAGUACAUCGCAUAUCUACGUGCCGUAGAGGCCGACAAGAAACAGCGUGGUCGUAAAGGUCAAUGUAAAGAAAUCUCGGUUGCCGCAGAAAAUAAAGACCUCCGCAAUAAACAAUUUUUUGAAAGUCUACGAUGCUACAUGCAAGAUAUGACCCAAAGAGAGCAGAGUCUAUGCCACAUUAGCGUGUUGCAAGUUGUACACGAAAUCAGCGGAAUGAAAAGUAGUGCAAGCGGGGAUGGCAAUGAUUACAUGCAAAAUGAGAUAAAGUAUCUAGUGGACAAAAUAGACGAACAAGGACUCCGUACUUUGCAGGAAAACAUUCAGAAAAGAAUGAAUAAAUGUAAUAACGCAGACAUGUUCUCUACAUCAAAACCGCAGCUGGUAAAUGACGAAGUUACCAUUAAGAAUUAACCAGAACUAUGAGAAUGAAGUAAAACUAUAAUAAGUAACCCGGAUGGACCCGGUAAUAACAUUAGUGAUCCACAAAAUUUUAUCUAUGAAUGACACAUAUACAUAUAAAUAAUAUAUUUGAAAUAUUUUUCUUUAUUUACUGAAA